CACACUUUCUUUUUUAUUUUAGUUGUGGAAUAGCAGUUUUAAAUAAGGAAAUGGUGCAGCUGUCCAACUACCUGAAGGAGGCCCUACACCGCGAGCUGCUGCUCAAGCAGAAGAUGGUGAUUUUGCAGGAGCUUUUCUCCACGCUGCUGCAAGCAUCAGAAAAAUCCUGGCAGGGUCAGCUGAAUGAAGAUAAACUGAAGUGUAAACUAAGGGCACUUGAAAAUCAGCUGCAGGCCUGCACCCAGAGUUACUCAAAGGAGUGUGUGAAGAAGAUCCUGAUAGAGAUGGAGGACCAGAAGCAGACCUAUGAGCAGAAGGCAAAAGAGGCUCUUCAGAAGAUGCUGGAGGACAAACUCCAAACAGAGCAGCAGCUGCAAAACUCUCAAAGAAGCCUGGCAGUGACAAGAGAGGACCUUGCUUUCUGGAAAGAGCACUAUACCACACUCAAAGCUGAAUUGACCAAGAUGACCACAGCACACACUGAGCUCGAGAACAGCUUCCACAUUUUGCAAAGCGAACUGCAGCGAGCGGACGCACAGAACGAGCAGCUCCACCAGGCCCUGCACAGCCUGCAGAGCGAGCACGCCGCGCUCCACCAGCGAGCCAGCGCCUUGCAGGAGGACAACGACCUGAAGGCAGAGCACAUCAGCGCCAUCGAAGAUAAGUUGCAAAAAGAACAAAAUCAGAAGGUAACGCUGGAGGCAACAGUCAGCCAUUUGCACAACUUGAUACAGAACCAGACCAACGAACAGAAGACCCAGGAGGCAACAGUGCAAAGGAAAGACCAGGUUUUCACCACACAGACCCCACCUCUCACUCCUGCCAAGGAAAAACAAAAUGCUCUGUUAGAGCACCCCGAGGAGGAGGAGGGAGAAGAAAGUCUGAAGGAUGAGAUGCAGAAAAGGACAUCCCAGCUUACAGCAAAGGAGAACGAGUGCACGGAGCUGCGCUCGGAGCUGGAGGCCCUGAGCGAGGAGUACCGCUCCUGCCUGACCAGGCUGCGCCAGUGCCGGGACGAGCUCAACCACUUCCAGAGCAAGCAGGCAAAGAGACAGCGCGGUCACUGGAUCCCUCUCCUGGUGGCAGUGAUAGCAAUGGCCAUAGCCACCUUCCUCGCAAGUUACAGACCGUGAAGGACCUUCUUGACGACCAGUCUCACUGCAGGAACCGACUUCUGCUUCACCAACAGCAACGCGCCCUCACCGCAGUGCACCGUCUGCUGUUUUGCACUUGCCUGUUUGGUUCAUAUCCUGAGCUGGUCUCACUCCAAACUCCCGUGGCUCAAAUAAACGCUGGGAGAUCAC